GAAUCUCUUGUCGAAUCUUCCAAUACUACAGCUGAGGCCCCUUUUUUUUCAGACGAAAGAUGAUCUCUGCCAAACCUGUUUACGAGAAUGUGUUGCACAGGAAGACUCUCAUCCCCCGAUUUCAGUAUCAAUUUCAAUGUGAGUUGAGUAUCGCUUGCUCCAGUAAAUGAUCUGUUAAAUCUGCAACUCUGGAGCUAAAAUCUAUACAGGAGUCGUUGUGGAGCUGUCUUAAAGUGUCUCGAAGUUUGCAUAAUUGACUACUCAUGCUCAGUGUAUCUGAGUCCUAUUAUUAAGUUGAGAGCACACGAGAAGACUUCAUUAAGAGUCAAGUGUUGUCUAAUGAUCAGUGUAACUGGAAGCUAGCUCUCCGAUGAAAAUUGCCAUGAUCUCUUGUUCGAAUGCUAUCUAUAUACUAGCUAACUUGAGAGUCAAGGUACUUUAGUAUUAUCAAAUGAGUUGAUAACGUAAAUUGGCCACCGUUGAGAGUUUCAAAGCUGACGUUUCGAGCAGUAGCCCUUUGUCACAGCAAGAGUCACCCGGGUACCUUAAAGUUCUGUCUCUCAUAAAAGUAACGGCAUGGUUAAUCUGCGGCAGUGGAUCUCUAAACUACGAGGAUUCGAUAUUGAAGUUCAAGACUCCUUUUCGAAUUACUUCCUAAGAUAUUUUCUAAGUAAUGACAAGAGAGCCCUUACCGAAACGUGACUUAUGUUAAGAGUCCUUUGAAUCAGUUUCUAAUACAGCCAUAGUUUCUGGGACUCGUAGAGGAGAUGUCGCUUUCUUCAUGGUUAUUUGGUUAAAGACCGACCUGGAGUCGUUUACAUGGCCCAUGUGAGCGUCUGGUAGUUCAAAGUGUAGAGAAAAAAGAGUUUUGCUAUUUACGUGACUCAGUAUUUGUACAGGAGGCAGCUUUAACCAUUUUAGGAAGAAACGAUUGGAAAACAGAGACGAUAGCAAAUGACAAGAGAUUUAUAAUCUCUGUCAAAUGACGAACUGGGUUUGAAUUGCCAGAUGGUGGCUUUAAAGUAAAGUCGCAUGGUGAACAUAUGGUAAACCUUUUCCUCUUCCACCAAUAUUUCAUCUCAUUUCCUCAUGUAUGAUCUUUCAUGGAUAUGCGAUUGAAUUCUCGUUUUAGUAACUUUUCCUUUCUUAUCGUUUUUCUUAUUCGACAAUUUGAAUAGCUACGCGAUUACAUCAGCAGCGUUAAGCAGGUACAGUGAAAAUCUGCCUUUCAGUAGAACAAUACCUCUUGUUUACACUGACGACAGAGGUGUCCAAAUUAUGCAUACAGAUGCGUAGAGAUGCAUAAAUUACGAGGACAGUGAAGUGAGCGUCGUUCGAACCCUGGGUAGCCAUGUCGAUUCUUUGUUUUACAGGAUGUUUUGUUUCCCGGCAAAUACUCGAUCUAUGAUAACAAGAUAACACUAGAUGUGAUAUUUGAUUGAAGAACUUAAGUUCUAGUUUAAGAUGACUCAAAUUGGAGAUUCUCAGCGGAAAGAGCAAGUGAAGGAAUUUCAGCGAAAUGCACAUCGUUUACUAUCCGAUGAUGAUCGUCAUUAUUUACAUUAUACGCUCAAAGAAUACCAGACUUACAAGUCGGUGGAAAAGUUGGUGCUUGCACUCAAAUCAUGCUUGGAUAAUCCUCGCAAGAAGGACCUACUUGUGGAUAUUCGAAACCUCAUUCCACCCGCACAUUUGAGCAAGUUUGAUAGUUUAGCUCCGUACAGCGAAAUGGCGCAUCCUUUCGAACCACCUAAUCACGCAGCUCAGCAUCGGAAGACGCAGAGUUUGCCCCACAGUUACAAAAACAGCGAGUUGCGAGCUCUUGGAAGGAGUUCCUCGCCGAAUAAUAGCGGUUCUUUUAAAGUGAUAACCUUGACAAGAACUUCUCCCGAAGAUUCAUUGGGUUUCAAAAUAAAAGGAGGCCGGGAUUCUGACAGUGUGCUCUAUAUCUUUGAGGUAGACGAUGAUUCCUCUGCUGCUAAACAGGGUCUCAAAAAAGGAGAUCAGUUAAUUGAGGUCAACGGAAUAGAUUUUGAGAAGAUAACCAAAAGUUCCGCUGAGAACCUUCUCAGUACGAUGAAUAAAAUGAAAUUGGUCGUCAAGUCGGUUGGUCUUGCAGCAGGACUUGAUUUAUCUGAUUCCUGGGGUCACAGGAAUGGUAAAGUUAUUCAAAAUGGAAUAAAUGAGAAUGAUAGUUUGCAGGCCAGCAGUGGAAGUGGCAGUAGUAGCAUAGCUCUUCAACAUAAUUCCCAUUUGCUGGACAAAGCUGAUGAGAGGAAAGUUAACCUUCAAGUAGAGUCAACAACCAAUGGUUUUAUAGGAUUUAACAUUCGUGGUGGAAGUGAAUAUGGCUUGGGUCUUUUUGUAUCCGGCAUUGAUCGUGGUUCACUGGCAGAGCAAGCUGGCUUCAAAGUUGGUGAUCAGAUCAUGGAAGUGAAUGGAAAGAGCUUUGAAAACCUCAAGCACAAAGAGGCAGUUGAUUUUAUUAAAUCACAAAAACACAUAAUGGUUACACUAAAGGCAGUGGGAAGACUUCCUGAGGCAAAACAUUACCACUCACAAAUCAGCUGGGUUUAUCCUGAUGGAAGUGUUGUGGUUGAAGGAAAAGAAACUUUUACCAGAUCUAUCUCAGCUCCAGCCUCUCCAGUCUCCUCUCUAGAGCUAAGUCAUUCUAGUGCCCAGUUUCCUGAAUUAGGAGAAAUGCCAACAAGGGACACACCCAGUCCCAGACCACAGAUGCGCGAAGCUAGUGUCCAGACUCCUCAACCUUCUCCGGAACCUCCUCCAGAACCUGUGCCAGAAACAAGAGAGGAAGUUGUAGUUGUUCAUGUGAAACAGGAUUUUGCAGAUUUACAAAGAACACAGAGCUCUAAAAGUCUGGCAACAUCAUCAAUUAAUAGUGGUGAUGAUAGUGAAAAGCAGAACUCAAUUCGAUCAGCGCAUUCUUAUGAGAGUGUCAGCAGCAGUAGAGAGGAAAUGGCUAAGAGGUAUUCAGUUUCUAGCAUGAGCAAGGAGGAAGCCAUUUUGAGCGGCAGUGAUGGUGAACUGAAUGACAAAAGGAAAGUGAAGAAAUCCAAGUCUUUUCUUCAGAAACAUGGGGACAAAAUCAAAUCAAAGUUGAGCUUCAGGAAGAAAGGAAAACCAAAAGUUGAAGAAAGAGGUGGCUCCACAAGACAACAGAUGUUACUGUACAUUGAAGAGAAGGCCAAAAAGAUUCUGGUAGUGGACGAAUACAAUGCCGUUAUCAGGCACAUCAAACAGUACCAAGAAGAUUCAGAUGUAGAAUCUCUUGUUAAUAAACUGCUAGCAAUACUGGACAAGCCAGAAAAGGCUCUUUUGUUGAGAGAUAUCAGGACGUUAGUUUUACCCUACGACCUUGGAAGGUUCGAUGCUAUGGUGUCAGCGCAUGAAAAGGAGGCAUUGGAGUACCUCAGUGGAUUCGUGCCCGGUUCGCCAACCAUAAUACCUACCGUUGCUGAGAAACCGAAACGUCAACUUGUGGCUGCAAUUCAAGACAGCAGAGGGAGUUUUCAAUUAAGAACGAAAGAAGAGGUGGAGAAAAUCAAACAGGAAAAGGAAGAGAUGGCAAAAAAGCGAGAACAAACGGCCUGGCUGGGAGGCAGCAUUCUCGAUCGACAUACGAGAGUCCCAAACAAUCCAAACGCUAUCAUACGUCUACCGGAAAACUAUAGAAUGGAUUCCGUUGCUGAGAAAGAUUCGACCACAAGUAGCAAUGCUCCAACUUCAUUUGAUGUUCCAGUGAUACAGGUGAACAACGGCGAGGCGUUCAGAGGAACGAAACACGAUGAAAAUGACAAUGAACGACUCGUGGCGUCGAACUCGCUCCUUGUUCCCGACAGAGUGUCGAUCGAGUACAAGGACGACGAGGAAGCAGUUCCUUCGGCGUCCACUUUAUCAGGGUCUCCUUUUUCCAUGGCUGUUCCGGUUAUAUCCGUUUCCAAUGACAACAAAGCAGUUACGAUACUACUCUCGAAAAAGAGAACAAGUUUAGGUAUAAGUAUUUCUGGAGGAAAAGGCUCCAAGACGCAACCCGAAGUCAGAGUAGAGAAAAUUUUUCCUGGUGGCGCUGCAGCUGAUGAUGGAAGACUCAGGAGUGGUGAUGAAAUUCUGUCAGUGGACGGCGAGAGCCUUCAAGAUGCCACACACGCCGAGGCUGUGGAUAUCAUCAGAAAGUCGUACAACAACAAGAGCAAGGAUGUCAUGGAGAUUGUAGUGAUACCCAAGCAGUAGCAGAGUUUUGUGAAGUAUUAUUUAAUUGGUAUGGGGUUAACUGUACGUUGGACAAGCACAAAAUCACAUGCUUUCACACGCGUAGUAAAAACAGUUUUACACAAUUUAGUCUACUGUAAGAAAAAAGUAUGCUUUCUCUAUUUGACAAUCCCUUCGGAAAUUCUAUCCGUUUAGCCAACAUUCACUUUAAUUCGUGUUAAAAUUUUCCCGAUCAGUUUCCAGGGACUCAUUGGAAGGCAGUGGUAAUUCACAACGUUUAUGUUUGGAGUUAGACUGAUUUUUUAACACAAUUUUCUGCUUAGAAUAACCAGUAAUAAUAAUUUUUAUGAAACAUCAACUGAUUUUAGAUCAAAGUU